GUAAAAAAUGUCAAUAUACUGCAAAUAACAUGCAAAUCAAUACAUAGAAAAUGUAUGCACCCAAUAGGAAUGUUAAUAACAGAAAUUGUUAUGUAAAAUAUGUCUAUAGCAAAACCAUUCUGGGCACAAUUCAAUGCUUGUAUCGAUGUACUUAUAAAAUUACAAAACAAUGUUACAAUAAAAAGUAAACUCUCUUUUGGUAUUAAUUAACGACAUCACUGAAUUAAUAAUCACUUACGAAUAACCCAAUUAAAGCAAUAUUUUUCAUAAAUAAUUCGAAGAAUUCUGGGAAAAGAGAUAAUAUAUAUUCGAUAAUGUUUCAUAGCAAAAACUUAGUGAACUCUCACCCAAAAAAGAACAAAAUUAAAAAUCAAGCAACUCUUAAAAAGCCACCAGCGUAAGUUACAAUCAAAGCUAAUCUAAUCUACUCUAAGCGAUUAGUAAAUCCAAUUAAUAAUCCUAAAUAAUGAUAUCCACAAUCAUUAGAAAAUUAGAACUUGCUACUGGUCAAAUGAUUGAUUUAACUUAAACCAAGUAUGUUAUUUCUCGAUAAAAGAUUGCAAUUUUAAUCUUAAUAGAUUUCAAUUUUUAAUCAAAAUGAUUCAACAUCAGUUAUAUUUGAUAAAGGUACAUGUAUAUCAUUAAGUUCAGGGAUGAACGAAUUUAAUCUGAAAAACUACGUGCGAUCUAUAGAACAAUUUGAGAAAGUGAUUGAGUAGAAAAAGAAUUUUGAAUAGGCUUGGAUCUAUAAAAGUACUAUUGCAAUUCAUAUAUUUUUUCUAGUAUUGUCUUAUGGAGAAUCAAAAUAAAACAAAAAGGCUAUAGAAGAAUGCAAGACGGCUUUAUAGUAUUGUAAAAACUCAACUAAUUUGUGCUUUUUGUAUGGAAUCCUUUUGCAAGAAAAUAAGCAAUAUUAGGAGGCCAAGGCACAAUUUGAUAUUGUUAUUUAAAAUAACGAUAAAAACAUAGAAGCUUUAUAUUAAGCUGGUAUCAGAUUUGUAAAUUUAAGGUGUUUCUUCAUUUGAAUUGGGAUUGUAUGAUAAGGCAGAGGAAUAUUUUCAAAAAAUUUUAAUUCAAACUGAUGAUGAGAAGGCAUAUUUAAUGUAUGGUAAUAUUAAUUAAUUAUUGAAAGGAAGAAUAGUUCUAGAAAAAGAGCUUCAAGAAAAUGCAAUUUUUUGUUUCGAGUAGUGUAUUGCACUCAAUUAGAAAUCUUAAGCUCGCUUCUAUUUAGGUAAAUAAUCAAUAUAUUUCAGCAUUGAUCUAUAUAAAUUUAAAUUAAAUCGACAAAGCUAAGUCUUAUAAUGAUAUUUAUUGUUAAAACUUUUAAGAUGAUAUAAAAGGGAAAUUAUAAAGAGGUUAAAUUUUACUUCUUUAGAAUUAAUAUGAAAAAGCUAUAUAGAUUUUCAAUGAAAUAAAAUAAAAAGAUCCUGCACUUGAAGUCGCGAUUCAAUCAAUAGUAUUGUAUUUUUGUUAAUUUAGAUUAAUUUGUCGAGGCAGAGAUGA